AAAUUAGCCAGGAGUUGCACGCUGGGAUUGCUGCCGUGCGGCGGGGCCGAAUUCAGCAUACAAUUGAAAUAAAAUGUCAACCUCCUGGAGUGAUCGGUUACAGAAUGCAGCGGAUAUGCCUGCUAACAUGGAUAAGCAUGCCCUGAAAAAGUAUCGGCGAGAAGCCUAUCAUCGGGUGUUUGUGAACCGAAGUUUAGCCAUGGAAAUAAAGUGUUUUGGUUUUGAUAUGGAUUACACACUUGCUGUGUACAAGUCCCCGGAGUAUGAGUCUCUUGGCUUUGAGCUUACUGUGGAGAGAUUAGUUUCUAUUGGCUAUCCUCAGGAGCUGCUCAGCUUUGCUUAUGAUUCUACAUUCCCUACCAGGGGACUUGUCUUUGAUACACUAUAUGGAAAUCUUUUGAAAGUUGAUGCCUAUGGAAACCUCUUGGUCUGUGCACAUGGAUUUAACUUCAUAAGAGGACCAGAAACUAGAGAGCAGUAUCCAAAUAAAUUUAUCCAGCGGGAUGACACCGAGAGAUUUUACAUUCUGAACACACUGUUCAACCUACCAGAGACCUACCUGUUGGCUUGCCUAGUAGAUUUUUUUACUAAUUGUCCUAGAUAUACCAGCUGUGAAACAGGAUUUAAAGAUGGGGACCUCUUCAUGUCUUACCGGAGUAUGUUCCAGGAUGUAAGAGAUGCUGUUGACUGGGUUCAUUACAAGGGCUCCCUUAAGGAAAAGACAGUUGAAAAUCUUGAGAAGUAUGUAGUCAAAGAUGGAAAACUGCCUUUGCUUCUGAGUCGAAUGAAGGAAGUAGGGAAAGUGUUUCUUGCCACCAACAGUGACUAUAAAUACACAGAUAAAAUUAUGACUUACCUGUUCGAUUUCCCACAUGGCCCCAAGCCUGGGAGCUCCCAUCGACCAUGGCAGUCCUACUUUGACCUGAUCUUGGUGGAUGCACGGAAGCCACUCUUUUUUGGAGAAGGCACAGUACUGCGUCAGGUGGACACAAAAACUGGCAAGCUGAAAAUUGGUACCUACACAGGCCCCUUACAACAUGACAUCGUCUACUCAGGAGGUUCAUCUGAUACAGUCUGUGAUCUCUUGGGAGCUAAGGGCAAGGACAUUUUGUAUAUCGGAGAUCACAUUUUUGGGGACAUUUUAAAAUCAAAGAAACGACAAGGGUGGCGAACUUUCUUGGUGAUUCCUGAACUUGCACAGGAGCUGCACGUCUGGACUGAUAAGAGCUCACUUUUCGAAGAGCUUCAGAGCUUGGAUAUUUUCUUGGCUGAACUCUACAAGCACCUUGAUAGCAGCAGCAAUGAGCGCCCUGACAUUAGUUCCAUCCAGAGACGUAUUAAGAAAGUAACACAUGACAUGGACAUGUGCUAUGGGAUGAUGGGGAGCCUGUUCCGCAGCGGCUCCUGACAGACCCUCUUCGCCAGCCAGGUGAUGCGGUACGCUGACCUCUAUGCAGCCUCCUUCAUCAAUCUGCUCUAUUACCCCUUCAGCUACCUCUUCAGAGCUGCCCACGUCUUGAUGCCUCAUGAAUCAACGGUGGAACAUACACAUGUAGAUAUUAAUGAGAUGGAGUCCCCUCUUGCUACCCGGAACCGCACAUCAGUUGAUUUCAAAGAUACUGAUUACAAGCGGCACCAGUUGACCCAGUCGAUUAGUGAAGUUAAACCCCCCAACCUCUUCCCACUGGCCCCCCAGGAAAUUACACACUGCCAUGAUGAAGAUGAUGAUGAAGAGGAGGAAGAAGAGGAAGAAUAAGGAGGAAAACCAAAACCGAGCAUCCAUUAAACACGUUUUGGCAGGACUUCCAGGAGCAAAGGAUAUCCCUGUUUGCGUUCUAGUGGUGGGUGGGGGAGCUCCAUAAAAGGUACAUGUGCGAAGUUUCUGAAGACCUUAAAAUAUUCUAAUCAUAGAGAGAUACUUUUUAGUAGUUUUGUUUGUCUGCACUCUGCAGAUGGUUCACAAUUGUAAUGGAGUCUGUAUUGGAAGAAAGCAAGGGUAAAGCCGGGCUGAACUGCAUGCAGAAGGCUCCAUCGUGGCUUGUGACACCAUUUCCUUGUCUGGUUUCAUCCUCAGUAUAUAUUGGAUAUACCAGGGCUAGUGAAGAGUAUCCGAGUGGAACGAAGAGGUGAUCUGAAAAUGAUAUGUUACAAAUUGUGCUCUUACUCCAAAGUCCAUCCUGAAAUUUUCAGUGCAUUACACAGUAUUGUAUGUCAGUGGAGAAAUAUAUUGUUUCCAUUACCAAAAAAAAAAAAAAAAAAAAAAAGAAA